AAAAAAAAGUAUUCAUUCGAAUGUUUGUGUUUGUGUUAAAUGGUUGAUAUUCAUAAUUCAAAAAGUCGUCAUUUAAAUAUUGAGAUUGAUUGAUUGAUUGAACAAUAAUUGAUUCACAAACAGAAUGCGAAUUUUAACAUUAACAAUUGUUGCCAUCCUUUACAUUGGUUUAAAUCAAACCAAUGCAUUACGUGAUAAUGAAGCUUGUGAUGCAUGUCAAAAAUGGUCAAAUUUCAUUUGGAAUAUAACUCAUAAUAUGAAUGAUGAACUCUAUGAUUCAAUGAGUAAAUUAUGUUCAGAUUAUAGUGAAUUGCCAAAACAAAGUUUUUGCAACAAAACUGUACAUGCAUUGAUUGGAUUUCUGAAUCAACGAUGGGAUAAGGAUAAAAUUUGUUACGAUAUCAAAGCUUGUCAGGAUUCCAACGAUGAUGGUGUUCGAGAAUUUGAUGAUUUUCUUGUCAAUGAUGAUGUUGAUUGCAAAUUUUGUAUCUAUGUCAAUUCGAAAAUCAAAGAAUUGAUGACUGGUUCACCAACGGAACUGGAAUUAAAAACUCAUUUCGAAGAUGCUUGUCAUUAUCUUAAAAGUUUUGAACAAGAGUGUCUUGGCAUGGUCGAUGAAUAUAUUGACAUGUUAUUCCAAUAUAUGAAAGAAAGUUUCGUUCCAGAAAAUCUUUGCAAAUCAUUACGUGUUUGUCCAAAACAGACGGGGCCAUUGAAAAAGGAAAAUUCCAUCCGACUACCAUCCGCUUCUGAAAUGAUCAAUAUAAUGCCCGUGAACAUGUCGUUGGUAUAUCCAAAAGAAGCAACAGGUCGUGAAACGCCCACUUGUAUGAUUUGCAAAAAACUUGUCAAAAUCAUUCAACGACAAUUACAAGACAAUGCAACCGAUGAACAGAUUAUCAAUGUAUUGACCGAAGUUUGUCAGCUAUUCCCACGAAAAGAUAUUGAUAAUUGUCAAAAAGUUGUCAGUAAUUAUGUUAAACAAUUGAUACAGAUUUUGUCACAAGAUAUUGAUUCCGAUACUGCAUGUUUAUUGGCCGGUCUUUGUGGUAAUCAAAGUUUGAAUGAUUAUCUCAAAGGAACACUCAUUGAUCGACAACAUCAAUUGAAUGGCAAUGCUUUAUGUACCGAAUGUGAAUUGAUUGCACAUUUUAUUCAGAAUUCAAUCUAUGAUUAUCAAACAGAAGAACAAAUUGAAAAUUUUAUCAAAAAUCAUCUUUGCGAUAAAAUGUCGUUCAUAAUUAAUACGGCCAAUUGUCAGGCAUUCAUCGAUCAAUAUGGUCCAAUUAUAAUGCAAACAAUUGCACAGGACGUUUUCAAUCCUGAUAUGUUGUGUUUCAAAGAAUUGAAACUAUGCAAAAGAGCCAAAAUUCAUGUGAUUACACCACAAUCACAUGAUCGAUGUCAAAUUUGUCAAGAGAUUGUUAAAGAUUUGGCAAAUGGAUCAUAUAAUGAUAUUGAAAUUGAUCGUAUCGUUGAAAGAGGUUGUUCACGUUUACCAAAAUCACAUCAAGUAGAUUGUGCACUUUUGAUAAAAACUUUUUCACCAUAUUUUUUGGACAUGUUGGAUCGUUAUGAUAAUGCGGAAAAAAUUUGCGAGUCUGUCGACAUUUGUUUGAUACCGGGUAAAAUUCAUAAACUUGGUGGCCACAAAUGUACAUAUGGUCCAUCAUAUUGGUGUCACAGUGUUACACAUGCCAAUUCAUGUAAUGCUUUUAAAUAUUGCCACCAAAAGGUUUGGAAUUCGAAUGAUAAUAAUAAUAAUAAUAAUUAAAUAAUAGAGAUGUGUACAAUGGCCACAACCACAACAUCAUCAACAUCAACAACAGCAACAACAACAGAAUUUCCAAUAUAUCAAUUGAUAACAAUUAAAAAUUGAUAAUAAUUCAUACAAUAUUUUUAAUUUAGAAAAUAAAAAUAUUCAUUCUUUUGUUUGCUGAUUCA